CCGUCGUUUCCUGCAGUUGGGUCGGUAGGCAACUAGUGGGUGAUCAGUAGGCUAUUCUAGAAGACGUUACCAUACAGACAGACGUUGGCGCUCUCGACCACUCAACGGUGUUACCAUCAGAAAGGUGGAAUCAAUUGGUUAAAGGAUUCAUAUAAAGUAGUUGUAACGGUGAACGAACUGAAAAUGGGGAGAAAGAGGACAAGGCAUAUCAUAAUUCUCAGAGGACUCCCCGGAUCAGGAAAGACAGCUCGGGCAAGUGAGAUCGUGGAGAUGUAUGGGUCUGGAGAAGCCUUCAGCACAGACGACUACUUCAGGGUGAAUGGGAAGAUGGUUGGGUUCCACAAGAGAGACCUGCACAAUGCUCAUGUAUGGAACCGCAACAGAGUUCUUCAAGCCAUCAGAAGAAAAGUCCAUCCGAUCGUGAUUGACAACACCAAUCUGCGUAAAUGGGAGAUGUGGCCUUAUGUCCGAAUGGCGUUUCGCCGUGGCUACUGGAUCGAGUUUGAGGACAUCCCUGUCAUUCCAUUAGAGAUUCUCGACAGAUGGUGUCCUGAGAUUCCCAUGGAGAAAUUAGAGAGGAUGAGCGAAGGUUAUGAGCCCGUAAAGAAAAUAUGGGACGUCCUCUUUGACUAUGAGUCCAGAGGGAAGUGGAUGCCCAGCUCAGAGAGACUGCUUAACCACUGGUGAUCAGGAGACAUUUACAUUUGUGUGUGUGUGUGUGUGUGUGUGUGUGUGUGUGUGUGUGUGUGUGUGUGUGUGUGUGUGUGGAUUCGUUGUUGCUUCUAAUGUUGUGGGAACCUAAAAUCCCUGAAUUUCCCCACAAGGAUAGUAACACAAGGAAAAUUACAUUUCCCACAUCCCCAUGAGGACAAUGGCUAUUUUAAGCUUAGGGGUUAGGUUAAGGGUUAGAAUUAGGGUAACGGUAAGGGGUUAGUGGUUAGGUUUAAGGCUAGGGUUAAGGUAAAGGCUAGGUUUAGGGUAAGGAAAAUAGGAUUUUGAAUGAAAUUAAUUUUAGGUCCCCACGAGGAUAGAAGAACAUAACGUGAGUGUUUGUUACUAUCCUUGUGGGUACUGCAAAUCCCCCAAAGUCCCCACAAGGAUAGUAAAACAAGGAAAAUUCUCCCACAUGGGGACAUUUCCCACAAGGACAUUGGCUAUUUUAGGGUUAGGGGUUAGGUUUAGGGUGAGGGUUAGAGUGUGUGGGUUAGGGAUGUGUGUGUGUGUGUGUGUGUGUGUGUGUGUGUGUGUGUGUGUGUGUGUGUGUGUGUGUGUGUGUGUGUGUGUGUGUGUGUGUGUGUGUGUGUGUGUGUGGUGACUAUAGCUGUGAGAUGAUACAACUCAGGACACCACAAGGGGUCUGACCUCACACCCUAGUUCCCUUAUAGUCCCCUGGUACUUUGGUAAUGUCACCUAAAUGGUGCUGUUUGAAUUGUCACCGCGGUGUUUCUCCAGGUUGGAUAGAAUAUAUUCCUCAUGUCAGAACAUGAAGGACCCUGAGAUGGGACGUUUCUUUCACACAGAUUCAAUCCGUAUCGCAGAAGUUCAGUGCUAUAGACACAUAAAGCUUUUACCAGUCUCCUCGAACAUGGGAACAUUGUCUUUAAAUUUCAAUUGCGCUAUAGCUCUGACCUUUCAUGAUAUGUAUUGAAUCCAUAUCUACGUUUACAGAAAUACAGAAAUGAUCCCUUUAUGAUGCAAAAUGCAGCAUCAUAUCAUGUAAAAUGCCUCAUACGGGGAUGAUUAUUCUAUUUUGAAAGUUAAAUAUCUUGAAAACUUGAUUGCUGACUUGCAAAACAUUUUGGGACUAUGUUAACAAUUUACUAAUGAAACAAAUACCAAAAAUAAAACAUUUGGGUAGAGUUUUCCUUUAA